AGUUGGCCAAAUCCUCUCAGAGGAAUAUUUUAACUUUCUCCGACCUGAAAUAUUUCCUCCCACAUUUUGUCUCCUUCCUUUCUUUCUUCUUUCUUGUUGGGUUCACAUGCACCGAUAGAUCUUAUUAGUUAAGAAGUUUUGUACCUUUGCAUUUUCUUCCCCCACCAAUCAAUCCCAAUCCGAGAUCGAAGCAAUGGGGUGCAUGGGCAACGGUACUGCGACGAACCUGUGCACAAACAGCGACCCUUUGAACUGGGGCGUGGCUGCGGAGUCACUUUCGGGCAGUCACCUUGAUGAGGUGAAGCGCAUGGUGGAGGAGUACCGGAAGCCGGUGGUCCGGCUAGGAGGCGAGACCCUGACCAUUUCGCAGGUCGCAGCUAUUGCGACCCACGACGCAGGGGUCAAGGUGGAGCUUUCCGAGGAAGCUCGAGCCGGCGUCAAGGCCAGCAGCGACUGGGUCCUGAACAGCGUCAACAACGGCACCGACAGCUAUGGUGUCACCACCGGUUUCGGUGCAACCUCUCAUAGGAGGACCAAGCAGGGUGGUGCCCUUCAGAAGGAGCUUAUCAGAUUCUUGAACUCUGGAAUCUUUGGCAAUGGCACUGAAUCUUGCCACACAUUACCUCACUCUACGACGAGGGCGGCGAUGCUUGUGAGGAUCAACACCCUCCUCCAAGGUUACUCGGGCAUCAGAUUUGAGGUGAUGGAAGCCAUAGCCAAGCUAAUCAACCAUAAUGUUACCCCGUGCUUACCACUCCGGGGUACAAUCUCUGCAUCGGGCGACCUGGUUCCUCUGUCUUACAUCGCUGGUCUUUUGAUAGGCAGGCCUAACUCCAAGGCUGUAGGACCCAAUGGAGAGUCCCUGGACGCCACUAAGGCCUUUCAAUUAGCCGGGAUCGAUGGCGGGUUCUUUGAGUUGCAACCCAAAGAGGGCCUGGCGCUUGUGAAUGGCACUGCAGUUGGGUCUGGCUUAGCUUCCAUGGUUCUGUUUGAGGCCAACAUACUCGCAGUUCUUUCAGAAAUCUUAUCAGCAAUUUUUGCAGAAGUCAUGCAAGGGAAACCCGAGUUCACAGACCACUUGACACAUAAAUUGAAGCACCACCCUGGACAGAUAGAGGCAGCAGCUAUAAUGGAACACAUUUUGGAUGGAAGUGCUUAUGUUAAAGCGGCUCAAAAGUUGCAUGAGAUUGACCCCCUCCAGAAGCCCAAACAAGACCGCUAUGCCCUUCGAACCUCUCCCCAGUGGCUAGGACCACAAAUUGAAGUGAUCAGAAUGGCAACCAGAAUGAUUGAGCGGGAGAUCAACUCCGUGAAUGAUAACCCGUUGAUUGAUGUUUCGAGGAAUAAGGCUCUGCAUGGAGGGAAUUUCCAAGGGACCCCCAUUGGUGUUUCUAUGGAUAACACCCGCCUAGCCAUUGCUUCAAUUGGUAAACUAAUGUUUGCUCAAUUUUCUGAGCUUGUCAAUGACUUCUACAACAACGGGUUGCCUUCCAAUCUCACAGCAAGCCGCAAUCCAAGCUUGGAUUAUGGGUUCAAGGGCGCAGAAAUUGCAAUGGCAUCUUACUGCUCGGAACUCCAGUUCCUAGCCAAUCCUGUCACCAACCAUGUCCAAAGUGCGGAGCAGCAUAACCAAGAUGUGAACUCCCUGGGUUUGAUUUCCUCGAGAAAGACGGCCGAGGCAGUGGACAUAUUGAAGCUCAUGUCAUCUACUUUCUUAGUUGCAUUAUGCCAAGCCAUUGAUCUGAGGCAUUUGGAGGAGAACUUGAAGAACACCAUCAAGAACACUGUCAAUCAAGUGGCCAAGAGAGUCCUUACCAUGGGCUCUAAUGGUGAGCUUCACCCGUCCAGAUUCUGUGAAAAGGACUUGCUCAAAGUUGUCGACCGAGAGUACGUUUUCGCUUACGCUGACGACCCCUGCAGCGAAACCUAUCCAUUAAUGCAAAAACUAAGGCAAGUCCUAGUCGAGCACGCCUUGAACAACGGUGAGAAAGAGAGGAACCUGAACACUUCCAUCUUCCAAAAGAUCGGAGCCUUUGAGGAGGAGCUUAAGGCCCUUUUGCCCAAGGAAGUAGAGAGUGCGAGGAUCGAAGUUGAAAAUGAAAAAGCGCCCAUUCCUAACCAGAUUAGGAACUGCAGGUCCUACCCAUUAUACAAGUUUGUGAGAGAAGAGCUGGGAACAGAUUUGCUAACUGGUGAGAAAAUCCGAUCACCAGGUGAAGAAUUCGACAAGGUAUUCUCGGCAAUGUGCGCAGGGAAGUUGAUUGAUCCUAUGCUGGAUUGUCUGAAGGAGUGGAAUGGUGCUCCUCUGCCUAUUAACUAAGAUGCCACUUAUAACCCUGAAUUUGUUUCUCUCGUUUACACUUUUGUUUUAUAGUAAAAUUGUUUUUUAAUGUCAAUGUACCUGGUAUAUGUACUGCAAAACUGUAUCUCAAUGGUUAAGGUUUGUUCAUUGGUUUCCAUAUAA